UCUUUCCUUCUUCCCCAAUUCCUCCUCUUCGUCCAAUCCCCCAAAUUGACCUCCUUUUCUUCUUCUUCACCUGAAUUCCAAUUCGAUUCGAGGGGGCGAAUCCGUAGCGGCAGCACCAAUGGAUUGCGAGCCGGAGGAGCUCCAGUUCCUGGGCGUCGUCGGCAUCUACAGGGAGGCGGCCAAGAUCCUGGCGGGGUGGCGCCGCCUCUUCGUCAAGAUCGCCGGCGCCCUCGUCCUCCCUCUUUCCAUCCUAUUCUUCGUCCACAUCGCUAUUUCCCACCGCCUCUUCUCCACCAUCGACUCCGACGAGUCCGCCCUUGAUGACGCCCCCCCGGGAUCCACCUCCGAGUCCUCCGCCCUCCAGCGGCUCGUCUCCGACUGGUCCGCCUUCCUCCUUUUUAAGGGUUUCUACCUCGUCGCCCUCCUCGUCCUCGCCCUCCUCUCCACCGCCGCUGUCGUCUACUCCGUCGCCUCCAUCUACACCGCCCGGGGCGAUCUCCCCUUCCGCAAGGUGCUCACCGUCGUCCCCCGCGUCUGGCGCCGCCUGAUGGUCACCUUCCUCUGGGCCUUCCUCGUCCUCCUCGCCCUCAACUCCGCCACCAUCGCGCUCCUCGUCUUCAUCCUCCUCAUGGGUGGCAACUCCUCCACGGGCCCCGUCCUCACCAUCUUAGUCGUCAUCCCGCUCUACCUAGUUGCCCUCGUCUACGUCAGCGUCGUCUGGCACCUGGCCAGCGUGGUCUCCGUGCUGGAAGACGCCCGCGGGCUGGAGGCGAUGCGGCGGAGUCGACGGCUGAUCCAAGGCAAGCUCUUGACGGCGUCGGUCAUCUUCGUGAUGCUCAACCUCGGCUUCGGGCUCGUGGAGUGGGCCUUCCGGGGGCUGUUAGUGAGGGGGAGGGGCGGGGGCCCGGGGCUUAGCCUGGGGCUGGGGCUGCUUCUGCUGCUGCUGUUGUGCCUGGUCAUCCUCUUCGCUCUGGCGGUGCAGACGGUCGUCUACUUCGUGUGCAAGUCGUACCACCACGAGAGCAUCGACAAGUCGAACCUGGCGGACCAUUUGGAGGCCUACUUGGGGGAGUACGUGCCAUUGAAGUCCCAGGACGUGCAGAUGGAGCAGCUCCGUGUUUGAUGCAGAGCUCCGGGGAACGUCUCUCCCUUCCUCUUAUCUCUCUCCCUCGUGUUACAGCUUCACAGCGCAUUCACAGUAGCAAACAGAUUUGCAUUACUCACAUUUAUAUUUUGUGCUUUGAGGUUCCAUAAUCGUGUGAUGAAAGGUCUUUAAAUAUUUUUUGCUAUUA